AUGGAUCAAGAUGAUAUUGUUUGGUCUAUUAUAAAAGAUACAUUUUGUUCAUUCAAAAUCAAGACGGACACUUCAAAUUUUUGCCGAAAUGAAUAUAAUUUAUCGGGUUUGUGCAAUCGCACUCACUGCCCGUUGGCUAAUAGCAGAUAUGCUACUGUAAGAGAAGAGAAGGGUAUUAUAUAUCUCUUCUUAAAAACUGCUGAAAGAUCGGUUUAUCCAAAAAGACAGUGGGAAAAGAUAAAAUUAUCAAGAAAUUUCCAAAAAGCUAUACAACAAAUGAAUGAACACAUGCUUUAUUGGCCAGGUCCAUUGAAGUCUAUGUGUAAACAGCGUUUUGUACGAAUUACUCAAUAUUUAAUUCGAAUGAGAAAACUCAAACUUAAAACUCAGAGAGAAUUAGUAUCAUUGCCAAGAAAAGUGGAAAGACGAGUUAAAAGAAGAGAAUAUAAAGCUGAAAUUGCUGCUCGUCUUGAUAAUGUUAUUGAGAAAGAAUUGGUUGAAAGACUCAAGAAAGGAACUUAUGGUGAUAUGUAUAAUAUUAAUCAACAAGCAUUCGAAAAAGCACUUGAGAAAGAAGGUGAAGAAGAUGAAGAUAAUGAGGAUGCUGAUGAGUACACUGUAGGAGAAGAAGAGUCUGAUAUUGGAGAUGAUAACGAUGAGAUGUUCGAUAUAGACGAUGAAAUAGAAGAUGGUGAUGAUGUAUCUGAUUAUGUUUGUUCUGAUGGCGAAGAAGAAGAAAUGGAAGAUAUUGAGGAUGUCGCCGCUAAGAAAAUCAAAAAAGUAAUCAAACCCAAAGGCAGACCUCAUGUGGAAAUUGAAUACGAUAAUGAACUAAAUAAUACAAAUUAA